AUGACGGUCUUGGAUAGACCGGUAGCAUUCUUCACCGAUAUCGUCCAUAACGGGCAAGACGCUGGUAAUCUUUUUGGUGACGUUCCGAACAAAAUGAUUUGGUCAUGCUUUAAGAUCGUUCUCGUUCCCCACAUCGUGAAUUUAAUCCGUGGGACAGUGUGGGGAAACCAAAAUCUGUGUUAUAUCCCGCUGAUGUACAAUAUUUUAGGCAAAGUCGAAGUUCCUGUUUCAGUUCACGUAAGGGUAUCCAACGUAAUCGUUUGCUUUGCAAGCCUUCGUCAUCCAAAUCUUCAGCCGGAUGUCUUAGAUGAUUUUACAAUUUUAUUGGAAUUUGAUCUGUGGUGGAGUUAUUUUGUAGUCUUUCUUAUUGUUUAUAACCCACCAAAAUUCAUGGCUGGGUUAAUGCCGAAAGACAAAGACAACGAGACCUUCACACAUAAUCAAUCCACAUCGAAAAGCCGGAUACAUGAGCCUUGGACUGUCGAGUAUUUCCUAAACAAGCCGCAAAACUUGGAUGAGACGGAUGUUGACCCCAAAGUGGAAUCCAAGAAGAAGAAGAAGAGGAAGAAGCACCAUUAUGAGGUGACUAACAAAGGAAUAGGGAAAGAAAAUUGUGUACUCGGUUCAUCAGCUUUAAGUGAAAAUGGGAACGAUGUGGAACACAACACCAUCGAUGGUCUACCUACCGAUAAUUUUCAACGUGGUCCACCCGAAAUUAAUGGUGCUGUGGCAGUAAGCAAAGGUUCUGGUGGAUAUGCUAUUUCCUCAACAGAAAAGCCGACUAGUCCACUGGCUCAAGAAUUUGUCGACGUACGAUCACGUCAUUCGCUGCCAUUGAGCUGUUCACUUUUUGAUCAAACGAAGCGGUCAACAGAAUCAUAUAACCAUUCGUUUGACGGCAACGUAGAGACCUCUUCUGGCAACCCGUCAAACACUGUUACUUCAUUUGCUGUCUCUGGAGCUAUAAAGAAGCAGCGAAAUAUUAAAACACGACCUAAUGAUGUCUCGCUAGCUAAAGCGCUAGGGUCCAGUAUGGCAGCUGAAUUAGCUUACGCUGAUAAGAUUGAGCAAACGAGAAAACAUUUGAGAGCAACGCGUCAACUUAAGAAAACAGUUAGUGAAGCGAUGGAGCGUUUCGAGAUGGAUAAAACUGACGAUUUCGACGAAAUUCUGAGCUCUAUUUCUCUUCACGAUGAGUCGUUGGUGACGUUUGAUGACGAACAAGCGCCUAAUGAUUUGAAUCCGUGUAGUCCGGUUGGACUGUCAAUGGUGACGCCUGGAAAUGCAAAUGAGCAAAAAGUCGCAGUAGAUUUCACAAGUUCCUCCGAAAUUGACAAAGAUAGAGUCGGAAGAGCAGAGCUAAAGGGAGAAGUGGAUUCUUACAUCCGUAUGAGGACGCGAUUUUACAAUCUUCGAUUGGCUCUACUGAAACUGAAGAAAAGAUUGGCAUCAACACCGACGCAAAUGGCUAAAGUGAAAAAGUUAGUUGCAGCUGCCAAUGAAGAUUAUGAAAGUGCUAUUGGUCAGGCAAAUUCUUGGUUGGAAUACCAAGUGCCUCAGAAAGAGUUGCUGAAGUUUAUCAAGAUUCGUCAGCGAAAGCUUUGUAAUGAGACGAAGGACUGUGGCAACACAAUCAGAAGACUUCUUGGUUUAGAAUCUUUGAGUUCACGAAGGGAUCCUAAAGAUGCAUAUUUGUCUACUUACGUGAAUACUCGUUUGCAAAGUGUUUGCAGAAACUCAGCAGUUCGUAUUGAUACAGAAGCACUAAAUAAAAGUGUAGAUGAUCCUAUAUUGACGUCUUCUUUAGUUGACUGCGAUAUGUGGAAUCUAAGUGCUAGGUCAAUGCGUCGUAAUCUAGAAGCUCGUCGUGAGCAGGCUGAGAUUCUGAAUAAGAGUUUCGAGGAGAUGUCCAAAGAUAUUGAAAAGAGAACGAAGAAAUCAAUAGCUGCACAAAUUGUUCAAUACGAUAGAGUAAUAGCUGAGCGAACAGAUUUAAUCACUCAACUUGACAAGAUUUCGUCUGAAAGCAACAAGGAAGAAUCCUUGGUACCACCAGAGAUUUCCACACCUCGCCGUGUUGGAGUUGAACCACUAGAUUUGGAUCGGUUGUCUCCUCAAACUGCUUUAUCAGAUGAAGGGAGGGCAACUAAACCAACAUUAGUCGCAUCACCGGUGGCUGCUCUUGAACAACCUGCUGAUCAGGGAAACAAAUCCUGUUCAGCAAGUUCAGAAGGUACGCUAUAUGAGGAUAGUCGAGAGAAACAUAUGCCAAGCGGUUUUGACAAAGAAUUUCCAUCUCGCCGUACAUUGGAUACUGCUGAAAUUCUCACAAUAUUGUCUCGUCACGUGGUUACUCUAGCUACCGACGGUUCUUCAAGGGAUGGUGUGAAGCAGGGUGUAGAGAACACUGUUGAGGAUGUUGUUCCGCAGAAGAUGGCCCAUACUAAUGAGGAAAUGCGUUUUGAUUCGGAAGGAGCAGUAGCAGAAGCGAAGGAAAUCAUAGUUAACACUAAUGAUGUUGCUAAUACGUAUGCCGAUGACACCGUCCUUUUAAAUGACGUAUUACUAGGCAGUGAAAGGAACCCAGACGUAAUUUUCACUAAGCCGAUUGGUGAUGAGAAAGACGGUUCUGGUGAUGCGUCAUACAUUCAAGAAAACAUUGCUCUGGAUGUAUCACUAGCUCAAUUUCACCUAUCGGAAAUACAAGGAAGAUUAGACAUUUCGGAAAGAGUAGGCGGGUCAGCGGUUGUUGUCAAUCCUAUCACUGGAGAGGAAUACACAUCUGCCAAUUUGUCUGCUGACCACGUCCCAACUUCUAAUCCACCAUCGGAAAUUUCGCACUCAGAAUCGUUGAAGGGUUCGUUUGAGUCUGAUGAAGACAGUCUUAUUUCAUCACAGGACCAACUAAAUAGACAGAACACCACUAUUAUAUUAGACAAGACUGAUAUUGUCGUCGAAAAUACUGGAGGUAUAGAUCAAAUCACGGACACUGCUACUAAAUAUGGAGAAAAUUGUGGAGAGACGACGACAUUGCUGAGUGGUUUUGUUUCUAAAGAACAGAUUCUUGAGGAGAAGAUCCAUGAUGUCGAAGAAUUUGAUAGUACUGGAGAGGAAGGCACUUUGGUAAUAACUGCUCCAAAGAAGUGGAAAUCUGAGGAGAACAACUUCGUUCAUUCCUUUGUUAUCGAGGCAUUAGAUGCAAGGACAGAUAUCGAUCUUUCGUUCGAUUAUUUAGGUUCAACAAUAAAGAAUCUUCAGUCAACUAAUGAUAACCAGCUGCCUGCAGUGGAAAAGGAUGAUAUGCUGCAUGUGCAGGAUGAAAGGAACUGCAACGUAGCAGAACAGACAGCCAUAGUUUCUGGCGGGAAUUCCAAAGGAUUUAACUUAGAGGAAGAACUAAAGCGAAUAGAAUUCCAAGAAUAUUCUGGGCUACGGAAUGAAGAAGCGCAGGGAUAUCUGACAGGCUCUAACGAUGUGGUCAUCGGUUUGAAUCAUCUAAUGGAAACAUUCACUAAUUUAACCGAAGGGACCAGUGAGGAGAAAAGAGAUAACGACAAUCUACCUAAUGAUGUGCUUAUUGUUGAAAACGAGUCCAAAGAAGUAAAUACUGCAGACGAAAAUAUUGAAGAGAAAUCGGAGUUUAACACUUUCAGCUUCACUAGAACCGAACUGUACGAUGAACUAUCGUCGUCGAUUAGACAUUUGUUCGAAACUUCGUCGCCGCGACGUUCCUCUUUACAACUGAGCAGAUAUCGCUAUGAAUUGAGCGAGUCUUUAUUGGAGGACACAAAAUCAUCAGUACCAAGAUCGCCACCUACGCCUCAAGAGCGUUUCAUGACAAAAAUGCCUAGUUCUCUUUCACCUCGCCUUGGAUUAUUUCUCGAGGAAAAUCUAAACAUGAAAGUUGCUGAAACCAUCGCGCAAGAAGAGGCAAUGCGCUUGCUUACAGACCAUGUGGUAACUGGCAUUGAUGAAGAAAUCGCUCAACUAGAAUUGCGACGUCCAUUGUCGAAGCGUGACAACAAAAUUGUUGAUUCAUCAGAAGCUCAAACCGAACUGGAUGAUGAAUCUUAUGAGGACUUACUUUCUAUAGAAAAGCCUUCUUCGAUUUUUGACAAACUCAUCUCCACGCCUCCUACGAAUGUCACUCCGGAACACGAAAUGGUUCAGAGGCGGAAACUUGAGAAUCUUAGAGAAAAAGUGGAUUCAUCAGAUUGGAUAAAAGAAAAGUGCUUUCAAUUUUCCAAAGAAGUUUGGAAUUUGGUUAAUUCAAGAGGAUUUAUGCGUGCGAUGCUGGAUGAAUUUAUCCCUGUUCCUGAGCUUGAAUGUGAUACGCUUGCUUUAGAUGAAAAAGAGCGACUGAUUGUGCGGAAUAAGAACACGUUAAUCUGGGCUACUAUAGUUGAACUGGCGGCAGUACUUUGGCCGGAAUCAUCGGCAAAACGAAGUCAGAUCAGCUCGAAAUGGUUGCCAAUUCCCAAAAGCAGUAGGGAAUUCGCAGAAAUGUCUGAACGCUAUGUGUUUGAGCAACUUACUGGUUUCCAGCCUUCACAUCGGUACAUGAGGUUAAGUCGCCCUUGGGCAUCGGAUAAUUCAGAAACUAUGAUUGACGAGGCUGUUGCGUGCAGUUUAUAUGGCAGAGAUCCUAACUGUGUUGAUUUUAAACGGAAAGUUAACGCAGAAUAUCACUAUCUGAUUGAAGAGCUUGUAAAACUGGCUGGAGAUCGUUUCGUUUCAUCCGCAGUACAACAAGUGAUUCGAGAAGACGAAAGCGAGGUCAUUAACACCUCUCCCAGUUCGUCAUUCUGUCGUCUUAAUGGCGAAUAUGGACGGCCAUCACUAGGUGGUCUUUCCACUAACAGGUUGUAUGACCUUCAGGCACCAGCACCACCACACUUCCUUUCCGAAUAG